GUUACUUUUACAUUCCUUGGAUCAAACCUCAUUGCCUUUCAUUCCUAGGUGCUGUAUAGCCCCUGUAGGUUAAUAUAAUCAUAAACAAUCUGGGUGGUUGGUGACUGGGCCCAACACCACACUGCAUUUAAUGACCCACCUGGGUUUAGCAUCUCAUGAAAUACAAUAUGCAGCUGAUUAACCCUUUCAGGGUCCGUCCCGUAGAUCAACGGCUUUACGUUCAGGGUCCAAACCGUAGAUCUACGUCAUGAGCUCAGCUCACUCUGAUAAACUGUGAGUGGUAAAUUUGGGCCUAGAUAUGAGAGAAUACAUCUAUGUGGUAUGUGUGCACCACAUAAAACAAAUCCUGCAGCACACUGUGUAUAAUGAGAUAAAAAAAACUGAGACCAUGAUUUUCGAUUAAAACAGCGACUUUGCAGUGUUUUUUCGUAUGUUUUUUAUAGUUGUAUUUGUGAUUUCUUGGUCUCAUUUGAUAGAAUGGAAGACAUAUUACAGAAAUAGAGAUAAUUUUGAUUGGUGUUAGCACUGGAAAUGGCUUGAAAUUGAGCUCAAAGUGGCGGAAAUGUUAAAUUUUUGCCGAUGUUCAAGAGUAAACAAACGACCUCACACGUCUAAUACACGCCAGCUGGUGGGUCUAAUAUACAUUCACAAAUGUGGUGAUGAUAUUUAUACAAUUAUUACAAUAUUGCAUAACAGUAAAUCUUCUAUUUUUUGGUGUGAAUAAAAAUUCAUUAUGUGAAUAAAAAAUCAAAAUGGAAUUUAUUUGUAAAGCCUCAAAACAUAACUAAUGAACAGAGGAAAUGUUAGUUUAGUGCCAGGAAUACCUACAUUGUUUAUUCUGGACCCUAUUUUGAAAUUGGAACAUUUUGAACUUUGUGUUAAAUUGGCCAAAUUACCAAUUUCCGGUCACUUUAUUUUGUAGUUGAAACAGUUGACUUGGCGAUUUCUUGUGCUCAAUCGAUAGAAUAGAAGUAAUACUAGUGAAAUAGCUGAGAAUUUGGUCGACUGGAAUAAUGUAAUUGGCCUAAAAUGGGAGUCAAAGUCGGCAAAAUCGCCGAUUCGUAAAUAUCGCUGACACAUCAAAAUUCACGAGAGCAUAAUUUCGUCAAUUUUCCAUCAAAUUUCGUACUUUUUGUUUUAUUACAUUCACAAAAAGAUUCUCUACCAUUUCAUAAGAAAAAAUAACAAUUUUUUUUUUUUUAAAUUCUUGGACACUGGGGCACCACUUCAGAUUUUGGCCUUGGACCCUGAAAGGGUUAAUAAUGACCUCAUAGUUUAUAUUGAUGACUUCUUAUGCACUAUAUAUACAGUGGAAACUUGGUACUUGAACUUAAUUUGUUCCACAGCCAAUCUGUGAUGAGAGCACUGAACGAAUUUUUUCCAAUCAAUUUUCUUUUUUGUUCACUGUUAUCACUAAUCUUCUUAGGCCCCAUGGUGACUUAUUUACACAAAUAAUAUAAAAAAAAAAUGCGAAGAAACAUGAAAUAGUUUACAGUGAAGUUCUGGCAGGUUGUGUUUGUAUGGUUGCGUGCCGAGCAAACACUUUACUACUGAACAAAACGUUCGAAUACCAAAUUGUUUGAGUAGGGAGCUGCUCGAGUACUGAGGUUCCACUGUAUGUGUACAAUAUUUUUCUGCAUAGGGAUGUCUCCCACCGAGGCAGAGUGACCCAAAAAGAAAGAAAAUCCCCAAAAAGAAAAUACUUUCAUCAUUACUCAACACUUUCACCUCACACAUAAUCACUGUUUUUGCAGAGGUGCCCGGAAUACAACAGUUUAGACGUAUAUACGCAUAAAAAUACACAAUAUAUCCCUCCAAACUGCUAAUAUCCCAAACCCCUCCUUUAGAGUGAAGGCAUUGUACUUCCCAUUUCUGGUUAUAUAAAAUAACUGGUUUCCCUGAAUCCCUUCACUAAAUAUUACUCUGCUCACACUCCAACAGGUCGUCAGGUUCCAAAUACCAUUCGUCUCCAUUCACUUCUAUCUAACACGCUCGCGCACGCUUGCUGGAAGUCCAAACCCCUCGCCCACAACACCUCCUUUACCCCCUCCCUCCAACCUUUUCGAGGAUGACCCCUACCCCACCUUCCUUCCCCUACAGAUUUAUACGCUCUCCAUGUCAUUCUACUUUGAUCCAUUCUCUCUAAAUGACCGAACCACCUCAACAAACCCUCUUCAGCUCUCUGACUAAUACUUUUAUUAACUCCACACCUUCUCCUAAUUGCCACACACUAAAUUUUCUGCAUAAUAUUUACACCACACAUUGCCCUUAGACAGGACAUCUCCACUGCCUCCAACCUCCUCCUCGCUGCUGCAUUUACAACCCAAGCUUCACACCCAUAUAAGAGUGUUGGUACUACUAUACUUUCAUACAUUCCCUUCUUUGCCUCCAUACAUAACAUUUUUUGCCUCCACACAUACCUCAAUGCACUACUCAUCUUUUUUCCUUCAUCAAUUCUAUGAUUAACCUCAUCCUUCAUAAAUUCAUCCGCUGACACGUCAACUCCCAAAUAUCUGAAAACAUUCACUUCUUCCAUACUCCUCCCCAAUUUGAUAUCCAAUUUUUCUUUAUCUAAAUCAUUUGAUACUCUCAUCACCUUACUCUUUUCUAUGCCCACUUUCAACUUUCUACCUUUACACACACACACCCAAAUUCGUUCACUAACCUUUGCAAUUUUUCUUUAGAAUCUCCCAUAAGCACAGUAUCAUCAGCAAAAAGUAACUGUGUCACUUCCCAUUUUGUAUUUAAUUCCCCAUAAUUUAAUCCCACCCCUCUCCCGAACACCCUAGCAUUUACUUCUUUUACAACCCCAUCUAUAAAUAUAUAUUAACCAUGGUGACAUUACACAUUCCUGUCUAAGACUUACUCUUACUGGGAAGUAGUCUCCCUCUCUUCUACACACCCUAACCUGAGUCUUGCUAUCCUCAUUAAAACUCUUUACAGCAUUUAGUAACUUACCACCUAUUCUACAUACAUGUGUACUUGCAAUAUCUGCCACAUUGCUUCCGUAUCCACUCAUAUGCCUAAAUCCAUAAAUGCAAUAAAAACUUUCCUACCUUUAAAUACUGCUCGCAUAUAUGCUUCAAUGUAAACACUUGGUUUACACAUCCCCUACCCACUCUAAAACCUCCUUGCUCAUCUGCAAUUCUACAUUCUGUCUUACCUCUAAUUCUUUCAAUAAUAACCCUACUGUACACUUUUCCUGGUAUACUCAGUAAACUUAUUCCUCUAUAAAUUUUACAAUCUCUCUUGUCCCCCUUCCCUUUAUAUAAAGGGACUAUACAUGCUCUCCGCCAAUCCCUAGGUACCUUUCCCUCUUUCAUACAUUUAUUAAACAAAAAUACCAACUACUCCAACACUAUGUCCUCCCCUGCUUUUAACAUUUCUGUCAUGAUCUUGUCAGUUCCAACUGCUUUACCCCCUUUCAUUCUACGUAAUGCCUCGCGCACCUCCCCCACACUCGCAUCCUGCUCUUCUUCACUCCUAAAAGAUGGUAUACCUCCCUGGCCAGUGCAUGAAAUUACCGCCUCCCUUUCUUCGUCGACAUUUAAAAGUUCCUCAAAAUAUUCUCCCCAUCUUCCCAAAACCUCCAUCUCCCCAUCUACUAACUCCCCUACUCUGUUUUUAACUGACAAAUCCAUUUGUUCCCUAGGCUUUCUUAACUUGUUUAACUCACUCCAAAAUAUUUUCUUAUUUUCAUUAAAAUUUCUUGACAGUACCUCUCCUACUCUAUCAUCCGCUCUCCUUUUGCACUCUCUUCACCUUUCUUUUACUCUUCAUAUAUUCUACUCUUCUUAUAACACUUCUGCUUCGUAAAAGCCUCUCAUAAGCUAGCUUCUCUUUUAUCACACCCUUUACUUCAUCAUUCCACCAAUCACUCGUCUUUCCUCCUGCACCAACCCUCCUAUAACCACAAACUUCUGCCUCACAUUCUAAUACUGCAUUUUUAAAACUAGUAUUCCAAUCCUUUUCAACCCCCCACUACUCAUACCUGCACCAGCCCACCUUUCUGCCAAUAGUUGCUUAUACACCUAAGAUCCGACUUACGACCUGCUCGACUUACGACCACUCGACUUACGACCGUGUUUUUUAUGCCAAAUUUCUGGGAAAUAAACAACUAUUUGUGUUGUACACAGUGUUUAUCCCAAACCUUACAGUAUAAAAUACAGUACUAACAACAUAAAAAGUACUUUUUUUUUAAGUAAAACAUGAAAUACCAAAAUAAAACAAUAAAAUAAAGUCAUUACAAAAAUGUUUUGUUGAUAUUCAGUAGUAAAGUUCGACUUACGACCGGUUUCUCGGAACCGAACUCGGUCGUAAGUCGGAUGGUAGGUGUAUUUCACCCAAACUUCCUCCUCCCUUAGUUUAUACACUUUCACCUCCCUCUUGCUUGUUGUUGCCAUUUUCCUCUUAUCCCAUCUACCUCUUACUCUAACUGUUGCUACAACUAGAUAAUGAUCCGAUAUAUCAGUUGCCCCUCUGUAAACGUGUACAUCCUGGAGCCUACCCAUCAACUGUUUAUCCACCAAUACAUAAUCUAACAAACUACUUUCAUUAUGUGCUACAUCAUACCUUGUAAUUUAUCCUCUUUUUCAUAAAAUAUGUAUUACUUAUUACCAAACCUCUUUCUACACAUAGCUCAACUAACCCUCUGAGGGUUUUGGACGUACUAGUACGGCUUACGACCCAGGGGUUUUUGACGUACUAGUACGCCUAAAUUCUAGCGCCCUCAAAUCUAGUGGGAGAAAGCUGGUAGGCCUUCAUAUGAAAGAAUGGGUCUAUGUGGUCAGUGUGCACAGUCUAAAAAAAAUCCUGCAGCACACAGUGAAUUAUGAGAAAAAACUUUGACCGUUUUUUUGGAAUAAAACAGCGACUUUGCACUGUAUUUUCGUAUGGUAUUUAUUGUUGUAUUUUAGUUUUCUUGGUCUCAUUUUAUAGAAUGGAAGACAUAUUACAGAAAUUGAGAUGAUUUUGACUGGUUUUACAAUGAAAGGUACCUUGAAAUUGAGCUCAAAGUAGCAGAAAUGUUCGAUUUUUUCCAAAUUUCAAAAGUAAACAAAUCGUGCCAAGCGUCCAAUACACGUCAACUGGCGAGUAUAAUAUUCUUUCACAAGUGCGCCAUUAAUAUUUAUACCAUUUUUUACACUAAUGCAGUAGUCUGCAUAACAGUAAAUCUUUUAUAUUUUUUGUGAGAAUAAAAAUUCAAAGUGGAAAGCAAAAGAAUAUAAGAGAGACCUUGAGACGUGACUAAUGACCAGAGGAAAUGUCAUUUUAGUUCUGAGCCCUAUUCGGAAGUUGGCAUCUUUUGAAAUUUGUGUGAAAUUGGCAAAAUUGCUAAAUUCUGACCACUGUACUGGAUAGUUGAAUUUCAUAAAUGGGUGGUUUCUUGCACCCAUUCGAUAGAAAAAAUGGAGUUCGAGCGAAAUAUUCAUGUUUUUUGUCGAUUAGUACAGUGGAAUUGGACGAAAAUGGGGCUCAAAGUGAGCAAAAUCGCCGAUGCAUAAACAUCACCGAGACCGCUAAAUUUGUGACAGCAUAAUUCCGUAAUUUUUCCAUCAAAUUUCAAACUUUUGGUGUCCUUUUGAUCGGGAAAAGAUUCUCUAUCUUUUCAUAGAGAAUUUUUUUUUUUUCUUAAAUUUGGCCGACCCUGAGAAUGAGUUUCGGAGACGGCCUGUCGACCCUCAAAGGGUUAAAGGCUCCCCAUUUUCAUUUACCCCUGCCACCCCAAAUUUACCUACUACUCCCUGCACAACAUUUUUACUCACUUUAGCAUUAAAAUCCCCAACCAAAAGUACUCUCACACUUGGUUCAAAACUCCCCAUGCAUUCACUCAACAUUUCCCGAAAUCGCUCUCUCUCUCUAUACUUCUCUUUUCCCCAGGUGCAUAUACGCUUACUAUAACCCACUUCUCACAUCCAACCUUUAUUUUACUUCACAUAAUCCAUGAAUUAAUACAUUCAUAGUCCCUCUUUUCCUGCCAUAGCUUAUCCUUCAACAUUAUUGCUACUCUUUCUUUAGCUCUAACUCUAUUAGAAACCCCUGACCUAAUCCCAUUUAUUCCUCUCCACUGAAACUCACCCAUCCCCUUCAGCUUUGUUUCACUUAAAUCCAGGACAUCCAGCUUCUUCUCAUUCAUAACAUUCACAAUCAUCUCUUUCUUAUCAUUCGCGCAACAUCCAUGCACAUUCAGACUUCCCACUGACAAUUUUCUUCUUAUUCUUUUUAGUAAUUAUUACAGGAAAAGGGGUUACUAGCCCAUUGCUCCCGGCAUUUUAGUUGACUUUUACAACACACAUGGCUUACGGAGGAAAGAUUCUUAUUCCACUUCCCCAUGGAUAUAAAAGGAAAAGUAAUAAGAACAAGAAUUAAGAUAAAAUCAAAGAAAACUCAGAAGAGUGUGUAUAAAUAAAUGUGUACAUGUAUGUUUAGUGUGACUUAAGUGUAAGUAGAAGUAGCAAGACAUACCUGUAAUCUUGCAUAUUUAUGAGACAGACAAAAGACACCAGCAAUCCUACCAUCACGUAAAACAAUUACAGGCUUUUGUUUUACACUCACUUGCCAGCACGGUAGAACCUCCCUGGGUGGUUGCUGUCUACCACAAGGAUGUGUCUUUACAUAACAUAGCAAGAGUAAGCCAAAAAAUAAAUUCCAUACUGUGUUCAUGGCUUGUGUGCAAAUUAUGAUCUUCACUAUAUAUUGGGUUAUGUACUAGCAAGCUUGGUAGUACUGAUGGUAGCAGCAAGCCGAUUAGUGAAAGUCUUUAUUUUAGAUGACUCUUUGCUCAGGACUUGAUAAAGCUUAAUCCUGAGUGAAAACACCAUCUGAAAUAGACUUGCUCUGCACUGUGUAUUUAUAGAUCAACCAGUUUGUGAUGGAUAUGAGGGCCACCAACAGCAAGAAACUGGUUGACCAAAUAAAUACCAGACAAACCUGGAAUAGCCUGGCUGAAGGAUUAGAAAAACCCUCUAAACUGGUCACAGGUAAUUAAGUUUGGUGCUGCCUAUUCCACGUUCAGGAUCAUCCUAGUUAGUCAUUAACCCUUUUAUUGUCCAGACCUCUGAAAUUAACUCUUUCACUGUCUGUCACGUAGAACUAUGUAUUGAGCCCAAGGUCCCUGAAAUAGUUCUAAGUCAUGAGCUCAGCUUACUUAGAUAAACUGUGAGCAAAAAAUUUUGGCCUAGAUAUGAGAAUGUGUUUGUGUGGUGAGUGUUCACAGUAUAGAAUAAAUCCUGCCCAAAGUGGUGCAUGAUGGGGAAAACAGAACUAAGACUGUGCAUAUGGUUUAAAAGAGCGACUUUUAGGUGUUUUCUCAGAUGGUUUUAUUGGCUGUUUAUAGGUAUCAUUUCAUACUGAAAUAGAAAUGAUUUUGAUUCAUUUCAAGUCUGGAAGUAGUUUAAAAUUGAGCUCAGAGUAGCAAAGUAGUGGAUGCAUUAAGUCAUGAUGAUGAUCACAUCCAGGUUGUUUAUAUGACUGAAGGAGGAUGACGGAGGUUAGAGUCAAUAACAAGAGGAGUUAUUCCUGUGAAGCCACCAGUGUUCCUUGGGACAGUGCAGUGUGUGGAUGUGUGCAUGUACUCCACCUCCACAGUCACUAUGGAGAGAGGUAGUGUGAAUCAGAUGAUGUCAUCUAUCUUUGGAUGUGUGCCAACACGGGUUGUCUUGGCAGGCCUCGUCUUCCUAGCGAGUGUUAACAUUUACAUGCUUCGUGUCAACCUCUCGGUUGCCAUCGUGGCCAUGGUCCACCGCAAUUACACUGCCAGAGCCACUUCAAGCACAGAGUGUCUCACCUUCUCUCAAGGUAAUGAAACAGUGGCUAUGAUGGAGAAUGUUUCCACAGACAAAGAGGAAAUGCAGCAGCAGUGGCAACAGCAGAUGGAGGAGGAAGUUCACGGUUUCAUGGAAUGGGACGAACUAACACAAGGGAUAGUUCUGGCCAGCUAUUUCUAUGGAUAUACAUUUACACAGGUGAUUGGAGGUCGCCUGUCUGAAAUCUAUGGCACACAUCGCGUCCUUGGGUGUUGUAUCUUGACAAGUGCCAUCUGGACUCUGUUGACGCCUAUCGCUGCUCGCUUUCACUAUGUCGCCCUCAUAGUCCUCAGAGUUGCUUUGGGCCUCUGUAGUGGUGUCUCAUGGCCGUCCAUGCAGUGUCUUGUGGCUCGCUGGAUUCCUCCUUCAGAACGUCCAAGAUUUGUCGCCUAUGUGCUCUUAGGCAGUACUUUGAGUGUGUCAUUCACCCUGCCUCUCUGUGGCUAUGUUAUCGAGACCCACGGCUGGGAUGCCACCUUCUACCUGACAGGGUCACUGGCACUUGGCUGGUGCUGUUUGUGGUUUCCCUUGAUGUAUGAUACUCCACUGCAACACCCACGAAUCAGUGCUAAGGAGUUAGAGUACAUAGAGACUGCUGUAACAACUAGUGGAGUAACAAGAACCACAUUGAGGCAUGUUCCCUGGCUAAAGCUUGCUACCAGUCUCCCUGUGCUGGCCAUCAUCAUUUGUGACAUAGGAAACUCCUGCCUCACUAUUUUCUUGACACAACUCCCCACCUACAUGAAGAAUGUCCUCGGCUUCUCCAUCACAAAGAAUGGGUUUUUAUCGGGUCUACCGUUUCUCUUGCGCUACAUGGGUGGAGUAAUCUCCAGCACUAGUGGUGACUGGCUAGUUGGGCAUGGUUACCUGACUAUUGUUAAUGCCCGCAGGAUAUACAGUGCUAUAGCAAUGCUGGGUCCAGCUGCAGUCUUGCUGGUGGUGUCCUAUGCUGGUUGUGAUGCAUCUUUAGCAGUGUCACUACUCUGUCUGAGUCUCUUUCUCAAUGGGUCCAUCACCACCAGUCUACUUGUCAACUUCACUGACAUUGCUCCAAAUUAUUCUGGGACUGUCUUUGGGAUAAGUAAUACAUUUUCUUCGAUCACAGCCUUUAUUGCACCCAUGGCUGUUGGUGCCAUUACGAAUAAUCAGCAAACAAUGAGUCAGUGGCAGAAGGUGUUCUGGAUGUGUGUGCCCCUCUAUGGGAUCACUGAACUUUUCUACCUCAUGUUCUGCUCUGGUAGUGUUCAGCCCUGGAACUACCAUGCAGUACAGCAGCCACAGGGAAGAACUAUAGAUGCUCCAGAACAGACUGUGAUGCUCUAGCCAUGACAUCAUCAAGGGUCAUCUUAAGAUCUCUACCAUCCAGCUGUGUCAGCUACAAGAUAUUCCAGAACCUCAACAAUCUAAAAUGCCUAAUUCUGCUGGUCUAGAGAUACAAUGUGCAGCACUACUUAUGGAACUGUGUAAUAAUUUAAUCGUGGAAUCAGUUGCCACUAUGCUCAGUUUUGAAACAAAUGUACUUGAUUAAACUUCAAGAAAAGCUUCUGAGACAG